AUGUCAUUAUCAAUGUUCAAUGAUCAUUCUCAAAACGUCUUGCAAUUAAUAGGAGGUCGUGUUGUCUCAUUACGUCUGAUAUUAAUCAAUGUUAUCAAUGGAUGGCGACUCAUUUCAUCCUCUCUUCGAUCCCAUUCCACAACAUUCCUUCAACGUCUACAUCUGAUUGACAUUGAACCACAUGAAUUUGAUAAAUUAUUACGAAGUCAGUUAAUAAAACAAAUACAUAAUUUAUUAGUCGAUAUAACAUCAUCUAAUCGAUUCAAUUGUCUUCAAAUUGAAGGAGUUUAUCCAGUUAAAGUAAGUAAACAAAUGUAA